AUGGCAUCCAUGAAUAAUCAAGAUAAUGGUUCUGAGAGCAGUCUACACGGGUUGAAUGCCGAGUUGGACAAUAUUUACGGCACGUAUACCAAUAGCAACAAUAAUGGCAGUGUUGAUACUCUUGACUCGAAUUCGGAUCAAGCACCGGGACGAAGUCAGAGGGUGUUUCGGACAACUAGACUUAUUCCGAAUCAUACACGGCUACCAGAAGUACAUAUUUCGUCGAGAUUAUCGUCGCUUAACUUGCUGGAGGAUAGAGACAUAACGCACAGUGCCCCACAAUCGCCCAAUUCAUCGUCGUCAUUUGAUUUCAAUCCAAGAGACCAUCAUGCUGUAACUAAUUCAUCACUCAAUGUAUUAUUGGAUACACCUACAACCGAGGCAGAAUUCAGAGACCUCGUUGAUUCUACACCAACCCCCACAACUGAGGCUUUGGAGGAACUUCAGGCUCCGGAUUCUAAUAUUGAGCCAUCGGUGGUACAGGGAGACCAUGAAAACUGGGAUGAUAAAGGUGCAGCUGUAAGAAAAGUAGAGGACAAAAAAGCAAAAUUUAGACUCAUCAAAAGAGGUGUGCAAGAUUUUGAAUUUGGUAAGUCGUUGGGAGAAGGUUCAUACUCGACUGUGGUAUUAGCCACAGAUAAGCACACCUCACAGAAAUACGCUGUAAAAAUAUUAGACAAAAGACAUAUUAUAAAAGAAAAGAAAGUAAAAUACGUUAAUAUAGAAAAGCACGCAUUGAAUCGUUUAAGUAACAGGGUUGGUAUCAUUUCGUUGUAUUUUACAUUCCAAGAUAAAGCGUCGCUUUAUUUUGUUCUUGACUAUGCAUCCAAUGGAGAACUAUUGACUUUGAUUAAAAAGUAUGGCACUCUUAAUGAAGAUUGUGUUCGACACUUCAGUGCUCAAAUUUUGGAUGCCAUCAAGUAUAUGCAUGAUAAUGGUGUUAUCCAUAGAGAUAUCAAGCCAGAGAACAUAUUGCUCGAUGAUAAAUUGAGAAUUCAAAUUACUGACUUUGGUACUGCAAGAUUAUUAGAAAAGAAGAACGACGAAAGUGAAGACUAUCCGGUUGACGUUAGAGCAAAAUCGUUUGUAGGUACAGCAGAAUACGUUUCACCAGAAUUAUUGGAAAGUAAAUAUUGUGGUAAGCCUGGUGAUAUUUGGGCGUUCGGUUGUAUAGUCUACCAAAUGAUUGCAGGUAAACCCCCUUUCAAAGCAACAAAUGAAUAUCUCACAUUUCAGAAGAUUACUAAGUUGCAAUAUGCGUUCAGCGCUGGUUUCCCUAUGGUUGUAAGGGAUUUAAUUAAGAAAAUAUUGGUUUUACAACCAUCCAAACGUAUCACCAUUCCACAGAUUCAAAAGCAUUUCUUUUUCCAAUCCGUUCAAUGGAAUAAUCCGGAUUUUAUUUGGAACUCUUCACCUCCUGAAUUAGGUCCUUAUAAAAUGAAUGCUAAGUCUAUGAUGAAAGUACCAGAACUAACGGAAUCGUCACAAGGAUCUAGAAAUAAUAGGAAGAUGGCUAAUGGAGGAUCUACGAAUAGAGCUAAUGGAAAACCUGUCAAUGCAGCGUCUGUAGCAGCGUUUGUUUUGAACAAGAAAGAGAAUUCGUCAGAUACCGAUCUUGCCGGUAUGGAAACAAAUAAAGAUGAUGGUGUAGAUGAGAGUGUUCUGGUAACCAAAGUUGAAUCUAGGUCUAGUAGCAGUGCUGGUGGUAGCUCAAGGACCCCUUCUGCGGCGGACUAUAUUCCAGGAACUAAUAUUUUGAGGCCAACUUUUAAUACACGAGCUUCAUUUUCUAGAGCUCCUGCCAGUAAAAAGAAACAACCUAGGAAGAAAUCGAAACCCGAAAUUAUGCAACCAACCCCAAUAAGUUCAUUAGAAGUAGCAUGGGCAAGUUAUUUGAUACACCCAGAUGAGAGAAUAAUGAAAAUAGGACCUGUAAUAUUUUCAAAACAAUUAACUGAAAGUUUCGAAAGGAAGUACAAAGGCAUCUUGCAUAACGCACCCUUGGACUAUGCGACAAAGUUACAAGCAACGAGGUCUAGAAGUAGCUCAAGCUUCUUAUCCCAGGUUGUGCAUGGACCCAGUAAGGGUUUAAGGGAAUCAGUCACGAGUCUCGAAGGAGAUACCGUCGACGAGGAUGAGUCAAAAGCUAUCACUACUUACAGGGAUAUUGAAGAGUUAGCCAACCCUACGCUUCCAAGGACAUCAACAGAUAGUAGUAAUACUCCAACUAAUAGUGCAUCUGGUAAACAAAGUAAAUCGUCCAAGCUUAAAAAGUUUCUAUUACCAGGUAACAAAAGUAAUGAUGGCACAGAUUCUAGUUCUGGAAAUGGAUCGAAUACAGCUAGACAAAGUUUAGAUAAGGGUAUAACUUGCACCAUGAUGGUUACUACGCAUGGAAGAGUAUUAAUCUUUUACCGAAACGAUAUAGAAUCUGAGUACGUGUUGAUCAAUGAAAUUAAGUUGAACCACCCAUUCAUCCAGUUCAAAGAAGUUGUGUCGACGUCUACAACAAAAUUUCAAAAGGGGGUUCCUACUACUGGAAUUUUUGGCAUUGAAUCAUCGAUUACCACAUUUGUGUUCGAGAUAGAGAAGUUCGAUAUCAACCAAUGGACCGAAUCAUUAGCAAGAUCCAAGCUUAACCAAUUUGAAAGGGAGAAUGCAGGGGUUGAUAAAGAGCCUGCUAAAACUGAGCCUGUGAAACCUAAACCAAAGUCGCCGCCAAGCAGAUCGUCUCCAAAGCUUGUAGAAUCGCCAGUAUUCACUAAAGCCACCAAAAAAGCUCCAUCACCUCCUGAAAAGCAAUCUGCUAUAGAACGUGCUGUCAGUCCUGCGUCUACCGAGAGCAAGACCCGACACAAGGAAAAUAUGCUUGCCCAUAGGCUCAAAGGUAAAUCGGUGAAACGUAAGCCACCGCCUCCCAUCAACACACAUCAUAACUCAAUCAACCAUUCUACUGGGCUCGCGUCCCCAUCAGAAGCAUAUCUGGAUGGCGGUUUGUUACAUGCAGCCCAGCUUGCGGUGUCCAAUAAUGCCUCCCACAAACCGACCGAAUCCAAACGCACGAGUUUCACCAAAGAAACGCAGAACAAGUACGUAAUCCUUCCUUCGAGUCCCAUUCAGUCGUCUGCCAAUUCCGCCGGAAAGAACAUCACGUCCAUGAACUCGAAGUUUUUGGCCCGAAGCCAAAGAAAGAAGUAA